AUUGUGCGCGAGGAUUUUAAAGCGUCGCCACAGCACUCGCACGAGCGUACGGUUUUUUAUUAUACCCCAGUGGAGCGUACCCAACGACAAACAAAGAGGAGCCUUGUCAGCCAAGAUUUCUCAAGACGUAAAAAUGCUGGUGAAAUCAAACAGCGAGUAUGACUCCUUCCUCUACUGGAGACAGCCCAUCUCAGCCCCGGACCUGUCCGAGCUGGAAGACCUGGGUGUGACCAACAGCAAGCCAACCAAGAAGAGCAAGAAGGCCACCAAGAAACAGAAUGCUGCCUUAGCCAAGCCAAGGAAGCAGCAAGAGGCACAGGAGGCUGAAUUGUCAGAGUACACCACCUUCAACUACUGGAGAGAGCCUAUCCCCAGCAUCGACCUCCUCGACUUCAACCUGCUUCUGUGAGAACCAUCCCCAUCUCAGCCUCCCAGUCAUAAGACCCUCCCUCUCCUCACACGGACCCCAUCUGGAUAAACAUGGAUUUUGUUAAGUUUCUGGUCCCAAGAAGAAGUACUGAAUCUGUAUUAGUCUGUACUGUGCAUUUUUGUUUAGGAUCCCGCCCCUUCUUAAAAAAAAACAUUUUCGCCUAAAAUGACAUACCCAAAUCUAACUGCCUGACCUGAAGCAAGGAUAUGCAUAUUCUUGAUUCCAUUUGAAGGGAAACACUUUAAAGUUUGUGGAAAUGUGAAAUUAAUGUAGGAGAAUAUAACACAUUAGAUCUGGUAAAAGAUGGUACAAAAAAAAAGCUUUUCUCUUUUUUGUAUUUGAAAUGCAAGAGAAAGGCCAUAAUGCAUUAUUCUAGCCCAGGCACAAUUUAGAUUUUGGACUCUAGAUGGCAGCAGUGUAUGUGCAAAGUUUGAGACUGAUCCAAUGAACAAUCGCAUAUCUGUUCAAAAUGUUGUAUCAAGACUGCCAAAAUGUGCCUGAUCAAGUGUAUAAUUGUGCACUCUCCUCAAACAAUAUCAUGGUAUUAUUUCACUGUAAUAGCUACUGUAAAUUGGACAGUGCAGUUAGAUUAACAAGAAUUGAAGCUUUCUGCCCAUAUCAGAUAUAUCCUGGUAUUUUCUUUUGUUUUGUUACUUACAACCUCAUGCUAAUCAUAUUAGCCUACUUAGCUCAACUAGGAGUGGCAGGGUAGCCUAGUGGUUAGAGCGUAACCGAAAGGUUGCAAGUCCAAUUCCCCAAGCUGACAAAGUACAAAUCUGUCGUUCUGCCUCUGAAAAGGCAGUUAACCCACAGUUCCUAGGCCGUCAUUGAAAAUAAGAAUUUGUUCUUAACUGACUUGCCUAAGUAAAAUAAAGGUAAAAAAAAAAAACUGUCCCAUGGGGGGGACUGAUCCCGUAGAGGAUAACCUCCAAAUAAUACUGAAAGGACAUUCUAGGGAGUUCUGCUUAGGUUUUCUCCACACGAGGGCUACAUGACUCGAUCACUAAUUUCAACAAACAUAACUAACUAGAAAUGGCAAUAAGGUGAGCCUUUAAAUUAUUAUAAAUAGUUAAAUUUCACACUGACUGCAAGGAUCCUGUCUCACAUUAAGGACUUACACAUUCAUAAUUUGUGAGAGAACUUGAGUAUGCUACAUCACAUUUUUUACAAAUGCUAAGUGCUGUCGCAUUUUUAGCCUCACCUAAAACAGGCUUGAAGGGUAGUGCCAACCCGAGCCUUGGAGAGUGUCCGCAUGUUGUAUUUAUAAGUAGUUAUUUUUAAGUAGUAGAAAGUAAAGCACCUCCACACAGAACAGAUAUUUUAGAAGCUCUUAGGGAGCCACAAGCAUGACUGUCUUUUGCGCUUUGUAUUGAUUUGUUUCAGACACUGAACUGACUGGCUCAAACCCACCCAAUUAAUUAAUUUAGUAUACUGCUUUUAGCCUACCAUAAGUAGGCCUCAACAGAGUGCAAUGACUGAGGAUAAAUGUUAGAGAUUCCAAU